CAAACGCGGAUCGGUCGCACGUGGACCGCGGAGCAGCAGCCGAGCCUCUCGCCGCAGGUCACCGGCUCCGCGGCUCCCGACCCCGGCGCUCCGGGCCCGGUCCUCGCCGCCGCCGCCUCGCCCUCCCCCCCCACCCUCCUGCGCCCGGCCCCCGCUCCAUGGAUCCGCGGCCGCCGCCCGUGCCGCCCCCGGGUCAGGAGAGGCCCCGCGGCCACCGGGGCGCAGCGGCGGUGGCGAAGGAGUGAACCGCCCCGCCGCGUCCCGGCCGGUGCCCCCGCGCCCGGAGGGAAGUCGAGGCAGGGGGAGAGCCCCAGGCGGCCGGGCAGGACACUCGGAUCGAGCGGGACAGCCUGGCCCCGAGCGGCCGGCGGAGACGGCGCGGCUGCCGGGCGCGGGGCUCGGGACUUGCGGGGGGCCGGGGGGUGGGGGGGGAGCGAGGCUCCAGGCCGGGGGGACCCCCCCCUCCGCGCACCUGCGGACACCCCGGGGUCGCCCGGCUCCGGCUCCCGCACGCACGCAGCCCGGCGAGGAGCCCCGCGGGCCGGGAGCUGGAGCGCGGCGGGGUCUAAUAUGCCCAGAGCCGAGGCGCGAUGAAGGAGAAGUCCAAGAAUGCGGCCAAAACCAGGAGGGAGAAGGAAAAUGGCGAGUUCUACGAGCUGGCCAAGCUGCUGCCGCUGCCGUCGGCCAUCACCUCCCAGCUGGACAAAGCGUCCAUCAUCCGACUCACCACCAGCUACCUGAAGAUGCGCGCCGUCUUCCCCGAAGGUCUGGGAGAUGCCUGGGGACAGCCAAGCCGAAUGGGGCCCCUGGACGGCGUGGCCAAGGAGCUGGGGUCGCACUUGCUGCAGACAUUGGACGGGUUUGUUUUCGUGGUGGCGUCGGAUGGCAAAAUCAUGUACAUCUCGGAGACGGCGUCCGUGCACUUGGGCUUGUCCCAGGUGGAGCUCACGGGCAACAGCAUCUAUGAGUACAUCCAUCCUUCCGACCACGACGAGAUGACCGCCGUCCUGGCCGCCCACCCGCCGCUCCACCACCCACCUGCUCCCAGAGUACGAGCUCGAGAGGUCCUUCUUUCUUCGCAUGAAGUGCGUCUUGGCGAAAAGAAACGCAGGCCUGACGUGCAGUGGAUACAAGGUCAUCCACUGCAGCGGCUACCUGAAGAUCAGGCAGUACGUGCUGGACAUGGCCCUGUACGACUCCUGCUACCAGAUCGUGGGGCUGGUGGCCGUGGGCCAGUCGCUGCCCGCCCAGUGCCGUCACCGAGAUCAAGCUGUACAGCAACAUGUUCAUGUUCAGGGCCAGCCUCGACCCUGAAGCUCAUCUUCCUGGAUUCCAGGGUGACGGAGCUGACGGGCUACGAGCCGCUGGACCUCAUCGAGAAGACGCUCUACCACCACGUGCACGGCGCCGACGCCUUCCACCUCCGCUACGCGCACCACCUCCUGCUGGUGAAGGGCCAGGUCACCACCAAGUACUACCGGCUGCUGUCGAAGCGCGGCGGCUGGGUGUGGGUGCAGAGCUACGCCACGGUGGUGCACAACAGCCGCUCGUCCCGCCCGCACUGCAUCGGACGUGGAAUACAAGGAGCUUCACCUGUCGCUGGAGCAGGUGUCCACUCCCAAGCCCCACGACUCUUGGCGGACCGCCCUGCCUACCUCACAAGAAGCCAGGAAAUUAGCGAAGCCCAAAAGUGCAAAGAUGAAGACGAAGCUGAGAACAAACCCUUACCCCCCACAGCCAUACAGCUCGUUCCAAAUGGACAAACUGGAGUGCGGCCCGCCGGGCCCCUGGAGGGGCGGCAGCCCCCCCGCCGACGCCGGGGCGCCCCCGGAGCAGCAGCCCUGUUCGGAGGGCGGGGAUCUGCUGUACCCGCCGCCCGCCUACGGCCUGCCCUUCUCCUACCACUACGGCGCCUUCCCCCUGGACUCGCACGUCCUCGCCGGCAGGAAGCCGGUGCUGCCCGCGGCCGCCAAGCUCGGGCCGCCCCCGGGCCCCCCGUGCGACGUGGCGCGCCUCCUCCUCGGCGAGUGCCAGUGGCACCCCGCCGCCCCCCUCGUGCCCGGAGGCCCGUCUCCGGCCAAAGGCCUCCCCGAGCCCCCCGGGGCCCGCCACGGCCUCAUGCCCGCCUAUGCAGCCCCCGCCGCCCCCGCCGCGCGCAGGUUCGUGGAGGACGCCGCUCCGCCGCCGCCGCCGCCGCCCAGCCUCCCGAGCUGCGGCCUCUACGGCCAGGAAGCGCCGGGCUCCUCCUCCUCCAAGGCCGGGCGCCCGGCGGCCCGGGACGCGGCUCCGCGCGGGGACGGCGCUCGGCUGGCGCUGGCGCGCGCGGCCGCCCCGGACUGCUGCGCGCCCCCGCCCCGCUGCGCGCCCCCGCCCCGCGCGCCCCCGGCCCCCGAGCCCGCGCAGCUGCCCUUCGUGCUGCUCAACUACCACCGCGUGCUGGCGCGGCGCGGGCCGCUGGGGGGCGCGGGGCCCUCGGCGGCGCCCGGCCUCUCCCGCGGCCCCGAGCCCGCGCCCGCGCCCGGCGCCCUGCGCGCCCGGCCCCCGGCCCCCGCGGCCGCCUCGCCGCCCGGCGCCCCGCCGCGCCCGCACUACCUGGGCGCCUCGGUCAUCAUCACCAACGGCAGGUGACCCCCCCCCCACCCCGGUGCAGGGCGGAGCCCGGGGAGAAGCCAUAGGCCAGGCCUUCCCUGGGUCCCCCACCCCCGGGUCCGGCGGAUGGAGCGCGGCCAGGGGUCCCCCACCCCCAGGUCCAGCGGAUGGAGAGCGGCCAGGGGUCCCCCACCCCCGGGUCCGGCGGAUGGAGCGCGGCCAGGGGUCCCCCACCCCCAGGUCCGGCGGAUGGAGCGCGGCCAGGGGUCCCCCACCCCCAGGUCCAGCGAUGGAGCGCGGCCAGGGGUCCCCCACCCCCAGGUCCGGCGGAUGGAGCGCGGCCAGGGGUCCCCCACCCCCAGGUCCGGCGAUGGAGCGCGGCCAGGGGUCCCCCACCCCCAGGUCCGGCGGAUGGAGCGCGGCCAGGGGUCCCCCACCCCCAGGUCCAGCGGAUGGAGCGCGGCCGGCCGCGGGAGCCCCCUGCGGAUUAAUUUAUAGACACAACUGUCUGAGUGGAAUUCCACAGCUGACUCUUAGAACUUGUUAUGGAGAGGACUGAGCCCCAGCCCAGGGGAGAGACGGACCAGGACCACCACCCCCGCUGGGCUUCCCAGAAGACUCAGCCCCGCACCCUCCAGGCCCAGCGGCCACCUCAGAUGGCCCUGUACUGGGGGGUGGGGGGAAGGGGUGGGGAACUGUCGUCCCCACACGUGGAAUCACGUCCGAGGCAUGUGGCCUGGUCCUGAUGCUACUAAGGGGGUUAGGCAGGGCCGCUCUGCGGAUAGGAAGCAGGGAGACCCCUCCUUCCCUUGGGUGCCAGCCCUGGGGCGCGGAUUCAGGGCCAGCGCGCUACCCCUGACCGGUUUUGUUUUUGACUCAAGGCUAGCGCUCUGCCACUUGAGCCACAAGCUC